AUGUACGGCCCUGUGUUCACACUGCAUCUGGGCUCACAGCGGGUCGUGGUGCUGUGCAGCUACGCAGCGAUGAAGGAAGCCCUGGUCGACCAUGGCAAGGAGUUCGGGGGAAGGGGGAACAUGGCCACAGCCGCGAGGAUUGUCAAAGGGUUUGGACUUAUCUUCGCCAACAGGGAGCGGUGGCGACAGCUUUGCCGGUUCACCCUCACUGCGCUGCGGAACUUCGGCAUGAGGCAGCGGAGCCUGGAGGAACAGAUACAGGAGGAGGUCCAGCGCCUGGUGGAGGAGCUCGGGAACACAAAGGGGAAAAGCGGUGGACGGUUGCUGCUCUGGGGGAAGAGGGGCCGGGAUUUCCGUGAGGAGCCGGUGUCGGAAAAGCAGAACCCCAACACUGAGUUCACCACCAAGAACUUGGUCAUAACGAUACUAGAGUUGUUCUUCACCGGGACGGAGACGGUCAGCACCACCCUGAGAUACGGGAUCCUGCUUCUUAUGAAGAACCCAGAGAUAAAAGAGAAAGUUCAUGAGGAGAUUGACCAGGUGAUCGGGCGGUUCCGCCUGCCAGCCACUGAGGACCGGAGCCGCAUGCCUUACACUGAUGCUGUGAUCCACAAGGUGCACAGAUUCGCAGACGUCCUCCCCAUGAGCCUCCCACACGUCAUGACCCAGGACAUCCAGUUCAGAGGACACAUGAUCCCCAAGGGCACCACUGUCAUCCCCUUGAUGAGCUCAGUCCUCCAGGAUACAUGUCAGUUCAAAAGCCCAAACGACUUUGAUCCUCGGCAUUUCCUGGAUGGGAACGGCACUUCCAGAAGAAGUGCCUUCAUGCCGUUCUCUGCAGGCAAGCGGGUGUGCCUGGGUGAGAGCCUGGCUCGCAUGGAGCUCUUCCUUUUCCUGCAGCGCUUCACCCUCAACGCCAGCCCCGUGGAGAGCGGGGUGGGGAACAUCCCCCACCCCUACGAACUCAGGCUGCUCCCGCGCUAG